CUCCUCCGUGCGCCGCGGUCUGGGCCCCGCCGUGCCGCUGUGGCCCGCCUGCCCUAGAGUCGCCGCCUGUGUCGCCUGUGUCUCGGUCCCCGUCCCCCCAGGCGCGGAGCCACGCGAGGGCCGGGCGGGAGCCAGGGCGCGCAGACAUGGGCAGCCGCGCCAGAGCGCGCCGGGCGGUCGCGGUGCUGGGCUUCGCUGGGCUGCUGUGCGCCGUGCUGGGAGCCGUCAUGAUCGUGGUGGUGCCCACGCUCAUCAAGCAGCAGGUCCUCAAGAAUGUGCGCAUCGACCCCAGUAGUCUGUCCUUCAACAUGUGGAAGGAGAUCCCCAUCCCCUUCUACCUGUCCGUCUACUUCUUCGACAUCGUCAACCCCGACGCCAUCCUCCUGGGGGAGAAGCCGCAGGUGCGGGAGCGCGGGCCCUACGUGUACAGGGAGUUCAGGCACAAGAGCAACAUCACCUUCAAUGGCAAUGACACGGUGUCAUUCCUCGAGUAUCGCAGCUUCCAGUUCCAGCCCGACAAGUCCCAUGGCCUGGAGAGCGACUAUAUUGUCAUGCCUAACAUCCUGGUCUUGGCCGCGGCGAUGAUGAUGGAGAAUAAACCCAUGAGCAUGAAGCUGAUCAUGACCUUGGCGUUCAGCACGCUGGGGGAGCGCGCCUUCAUGAACCGCACUGUAAGCGAGAUCAUGUGGGGUUAUGACGACCCCCUCAUACACCUCAUCAACAAGUACCUCCCAAAUGUGUUUCCCUUCAAGGGCAAGUUUGGGCUAUUUGCAGAGCUCAACAACUCCGAUUCAGGGCUCUUCACCGUGUUCACGGGGGUCAAAGACUUCAGCAGGAUCCACCUUGUGGACAAGUGGAACGGACUCAGCAAGGUCAGCUUCUGGCAUUCUGAUCAGUGCAACAUGAUCAACGGGACCUCGGGACAGAUGUGGGCGCCGUUCAUGACUCCGGAAACCUCUCUGCAAUUCUACAGCCCCGAGGCUUGCCGGUCCAUGAACCUGGUCUACAAGGAGUCGGGGAUGUUUGAAGGCAUCCCCACCUAUCGCUUCAUGGCCCCCAGCACCCUGUUUGCCAACGGCUCUGUCUACGCGCCCAACGAGGGCUUCUGCCCGUGCCUGGAGUCCGGAAUUCAGAACAUCAGCACCUGCAGAUUUAACGCGCCCUUGUUUCUGUCCCACCCUCACUUCUACAACGCCGACCCGGUGCUGGCCGAGGCAGUGUUGGGCCUCCAUCCCAACCAGGAGGAGCAUUCCUUAUUCCUGGAUGUCCAUCCGGUCACCGGGAUUCCCAUGAACUGCUCCGUGAAAUUACAGCUGAGCCUGUAUAUCAAGGCAAUCAAAGGCAUCGGGCAAACGGGGAAGAUCAAGCCCGUGGUCCUGCCGCUGGUGUGGUUCGAAGAGAGCGGGGCAAUGGAAGGUGAGCCCCUGCAGACCUUCUACACCCAGCUGGUGUUGAUGCCCAGUGUGUUGCACUAUGCCCAGUACAUCCUCCUCGCCCUGGGCUGCGUCCUGCUGCUCAUCCCUAUCAUCCACCAGAUCCGGAGUCAAGAGAAAUGCUAUUUAUUUUGGAGUAGUAGUAAAAAGGGCUCAAAGGAUAAGGAGGCCAUUCAGGCCUAUUCUGAAUCCCUGAUGACAUCAGCUCCCAAGGGGACUGUGCUACAAGAAGCAAGAUUGUAGGGUCCUGGAGAUGCCACGAGCCAGCCCAGCACGGCCGCCCAGCCAGACCGGCUCCCCGGCCCCUGUACCCCGCUUCUUCAGGACUCUCUUAGCGGACAGCCCACCAGUCCUAAAGUCUGAGCCCCCCCAGUUGCCACACGCAUGUCCACACACUGCACACCCCCUAGCACGUGUACAUGCAUGCGUGCACGGACGUGUGCAGGCACACUCAGGGAUGGAGCUGCUGCUGAGGAGACUCGGAGAGCUGGUCAACGAGGACUGUCUGGAACCUUCCGUCCAAGUGACCCGCAGUGCCGUGGGCACUGGGUCCCCUCCCUUGAGAGAGCCCAGCCUGACCUGCUCAUCCAGGGGGCCCCCGGCGCCUGCUGCCUCCUCCCCCACAGCGCCCUCUCCACCAGUCACGAGAUACUGCAGCCCCCGCUUGGUGGCUCAGCCGCACGGGACAGGCCUUUUACUCUGAGGGGCCGGCUACUGUCCCCAAACCCAGCCCGGGAACACAGACUUCUCAUGCCAAAGCCGUAUGGGCAGGGGGCUGCCCAGUCCUGCCCAGACCCGGAGCUUUGGCCCUCAUCCAUCCGUCUGGGCUGGGGGUGAGGCCCCUUCACACAGGCCUCAGUAAACACGUGAGCUCGAGAUGCGUCUCAAGGCUGCUCCAACUGUCUCCUCAUUCCCCAAGCAGACGUUGAUCUCCCUGAAGUCCGCACGGGCGGGGACUAGGCUUGGGUGCCUGGGGUCCCCUUCCUCCAGCCUAAACUGACGUCUUCCUGUAUACUGAGCCGGCCACUCCCCGCUGGGGGUGGUGGGACGCUCCGCCCCAAGCUGCCCCCCGCGAGGGCCCUCGGCUCUUAGGUGCCGGGGCAGAGGUGCGGAAGCCUAGCCCCAUCAGUCCGGGGGUCCGGUCUGGUCGGGUGGGAGACCCAUCCACCCGCGACUCCCGCUCUGGGGCAAGCCUCAGCCUCUUUUCUACCGCAACAGAAGUGAAAUUUAUCAUCUUUUAAAAGUAAUUCACUAUUGAAGUAAUAAACCUUUUUUAAAA